AUGGACGACAGCCGCGAAGAAGGCGGGGGCAACACCCCGGGCAAGAGCACAGACCGCCCUGGGGAACCACGCGCCCACACACCAGGCUUCACACAGGGUGAGGACGUUGGGAAGAUCGUUGAAGCAGGCACGGAGAAGCGACCGGCUGUGUCGCAGGACGGACCGGACAUGGGGGCGACGAACCAGGGAGUGAAGGAUACGGCCGGCACGCCAAAGGGGGCAGCAGGGAAAGGGGUCAGGAGCUCGAGCCUAGUCACGAGAACGGGCGGCGGGCUGGGCGCUUCACCCCUGGACGGCCUGACAGGGAGGGAAGCCGCAAACCCGUACCCCAGACGCCUGACCAAGGGGAGAGAGACGAUCGCACAAGAUAGGAGGCAGCCGCGAACAGCGAUGGAUCUAUUAGGGGAGAUGGGAAGAGAGAGAGCGAGAGAGACAAAGCAAGUAAGUACUGCGAAGGCAACCGCAGGAUUAGGGGCUCAAGGCCAAAUGACGACGGAUAGCGGGGACGAAAUGGAGGAGGGCCAGAUUAGCGAGGAUGGUGCUGCGGCCGCGCGGGCAGCGCCGGCAACGCGAUUGCCACGAGGCAGGGAGGCCGGGAGCGUCGCGAGUAGCUCCCCGCCGCCCGACGUGCUAGGGAUCAUGCGCGGCAUCCUGGCACCGGAGGAGAUAAGGCGAGCUUUGGCGGAGGCUAGGGCGGGGCGCAAGGGCGCAGAGGACCAAGCGGCGGCUGGGCAGACACCGCAAGGUGAGGGCGGAUCUGCGCAGACAGGAGAAAGAGCAGAGAAGCGUGAUCAUACGGCCGCAACAGCAGCGAACACGCAGUGCGGAGCAGCCGCUAGCAGGAGUUUUGCCACAGUGGCAUCAGUAGGGACGAGGCAGUCUCUUCAUCAUGUAGAGGGCACGACUGCAACCUCUUGCGGCGCAAGCAGGAAGGGGUAUCAGCACCUCGACCAGACCACUUACCUCCGGCUGAUUGAAGCAGGAGGAGCGCCUGGCAACCAGGGCGGUGCCACGACAGCUUUUGCCGACCUGCUGGCGGCCCGUUCCAGCCAGAAGGUGAGCCACAGCUCCCUGCCGAUGGAUACGGUGAGGGUGACGGUGCCUUUCGUCACGCCCCAGGAGAAGGGCAGACUCCUGGAGGCCAUUGACAGAGCUUUUGCUUGCGAAGUUAACGGGCAUCCUGCGGAAGUGAGAGGAGUAGCAGAGGUCAGCAGGAGGGAAGCGCGACAGGGCAGGAGCGCGUUCGAAGUGGUGAUGCAGGACCCAGACCACCUCAGGGCAGUGCGGACAGUCCGCCUGGACUGGAACGGGCAGAUGGCAGAACUCCAAUGGCCGUCACUGGUAGAUGAGGACCGGGUGGUAGCGACCAUUGAUUUCUACGCCGGCCGAGCGGGGGGAGCAGGAAUGUCGGCAGAAAAAGUGAUUGAAAACCUUCCACAGAGCGCCCCGGGUCUAAAGGUGAUCCACGCGUGGGAGGUGAUGUGGAACACCGGGAAGAGCAAGUUCCAAGUGAUGCUGCUGCUGCACGUACCGGGAUACGGCGCGCAGAGGGAUAGGAGAACCUUCCUACAAGCCCAACUCCCGGCAAAUGUAAAAAUUGGGGACAGCGUGAUGGACCUGUGGCACCCGCACACCCAGUAUUGCGCAUGGCACAAGGCCACGGGACACACCAUCCGUGACUGCCCUAAGCUGAAGUGCGAUAGAUGCGGAAAAAUAGGGCAUAAGGCGAUCCAGUGCAAGGGGGAAAGGAUCGGAGGGGAUGGAGGAUGGAUGCCCGGCAGCGCCAAGCGAGGGCGGCGAGAGGACCAGGACCCCAGACUGGGGCCGGGAGCGGAGGAGAGGACAUGGAUGAUCCAGGGGGCGGGAAGACGGGCAGAGAUACCGGGAGCCCCAACAGAACCGAGGGCGAUGAGAGGAACUCACCCAGACAGGGAGACCGCAACAAGCGCCCCAACGCGCGCUGAAAGAACACAGAAUAGGUACGAAAUGUUAGCCGAGGCGAUGGAUGAGGAUGAGCAGGAGCAGGGGGCAGAAUCUCCUGGGGAGACUCAUGGCCAUCCGGAAAAGGACGAGCGGCGGAAGGGGGAGACCGAGGAGAAGGACAAGGGAGGCACCGGCCGACCACAGGACGCAUCGCUAGGGGACUGGUUUGAAACCCCAAGUGAUGCUCCGCUCCCGAUGGGGGAAUGGGCAAAGAAAGGUGGCGGGGCCCUGAGUCUGUCACAGCUCCAACAGGAUGGUGUGGAGGCCGUGUCGAGACAGGUCCUGGGAAGAAGACAGAGGGAUCAGGGGGGGUCAAUACGACCGCACAGAGGUAGAAGCCGAGAGCCGAGGGAGACCAACAGCCCCAGGCACUCACAAACAUCCCGGGCGUCCACGCCUGUAACAAAAAGAUCGAUGAGCACUGGGAGCUCCAGCUCCAGCUCGUCCGGAGGUAGUACGGAGAGAGCAAGCUCCCCGUCUCCCAAAAUGCGGAAAUGA